UGCACGACGGUGACAUAGAUUCAGAAAUGUGUAAUAACGUGAUAAUAAAUAACAAAUUUCUAUUGCUAAAUAGUGUAUACAGUUAAUAUUAUGGCUGAGCGCAGUGUCAUUAUCAAGAAACAUCACUAUCGGUUCCAAAUCUCACCUUGAGCGGAUUGGUUUGGCCCUAUUCAUUAACAGCACCCGACCCUCGCGCCUCUCAGCACCCCCUCCCCCGCGGACCAAACGAAACGCUUUAUCAUGAAAGCGAUUUAAUUAGCUACAUUUUAUUAUUUGUUAUCAGUCUAAGUAUCAGUACUGGAAUGCGACUAGUAAAUCAGAACCGAGUCUCUUCGCCUGUACAAUAACCAUUAUCGUAUCAGUAGGUCCAACGCAUCCAGUCAUGUUUAUUCUGCAUCCGCUGCUGCAGAUUUCUGUGCUGUUGGAUGCGACACUGUGGCUGGCGGUCUUUGCCAGCCCUACCGACGAUAACGUACUGCGGGCCGGCCAUGGAGAACACGGAGAGCCGGGGCAUGAAGAACCACAUAAGGAUUCCUACAGCACAUUCGCCUCCGAGUUCCUCGAGUCCAGAUACCUCUCAGAUGAAGGUUACCCCUUCCCAACUGCACCCCCUGUGGACCCAUUUGCACGCAUCAAAGUUAGCGACUGUGGAAUAACCAAAGGAUGCAUCAGGUAUGGCAAACUGGGCUGUGACGCAGAGACCUGUGACUACUUCCUGAGUUUCAGACGCAUCGGCACAGAUGUGGAAUUCGAGAUGAGUGCAGACACUGACGGAUGGGUUGCUGUCGGGUUCUCCUCUGACAAAAAAAUGGGAGGUGAUGAUGUCAUGGGCUGUGUUCAUGACGAUAAUGGCCGUGUACGGAUCCAUCAUUUCUAUAACGUGGGCCAAUGGGCCAAAGAGAUCAAGCGCAACCCGGCACGGGACGAGGAGGGCAUUUUUGAAAACAACCGCGUCACCUGCCGCUUCAAACGGCCUCUUCACGUGCCACGGGAGGAGACGCUGGUGGACCUGCACCUAAGCUGGUACUAUCUCUUUGCUUGGGGACCUGCCAUACAAGGUUCCAUCACAAGACAUGACAUUGACUCUCCACCGGUGUCAGAUCGCAUGAUUAGCAUCUAUAAAUACGAGGACAUUUUCAUGCCUGCCACAGCCUAUCAGACAUUCUCCUCUCCCUUUUGCCUCCUCCUCAUCGUUGCUCUUACCUUCUACCUGCUGAUGGGCACACCAUAACACGCGAAGAGAGAAGAGAGAAUGAAUUCAACUAACCAUAGAGACACUAUAAAUAUGACUGUGUGCUAGCUUAACAGUAUUAGAAACAGGCAGCAAUAAAAAAGAUGACAAGAACAUUGUGAUUCUACAAUAUCCUCAUAAACUAAGAUGGUAUUUGGACUGCAGAUUAAUAUUCAGUUAUAUACAAACAAUGAUUCUGAUUCAGAGGAGAGAGAGUCAACCAUACACUUAGUAUAUAUAUAUAUAUAUAUAUAUAUUAUAUAUAUAUAUAUAUAUAUUACAAUAUAUUUUAUUUUGAUAAUAGAGUUGAGGAACCCCAAAUGGUAUUUUACACCAUGGUAUGUUUAACCUACAAUAGUUGAAACAAUCUGAGCCAAAUUAAUUUUAAUAAUAUUUAGUAUACUUAAGGUGUGGUCACAGUAAAAAUUUUUCGUACAAAAAAUUGCCAAUAGCAAUGCAUGUAGCACAGCUUUCUAUUGGUCAAUGCUGCAAAUCCAUGAAAAACUUGAACCCAUGGGAAAAUCGUUUUCCCUCAUGUGAAAUUCUCGAUUGUGUGGAUUCCUAUUGAAAUUACUGCAUUUCGCCGUCGAAGAGCAGUAAAAGUGUCCCAGCCAUCACAGUGGCACAUAAUGCCUCCUAUUGAAUUAUGUUUUGCCAAAUCCCAGUAGAGGUGCUCUGCUGUUUGUUGUUGCCUGCUUUCCACUAUUUUUCCAGUACAUUAUAGCUCCUCUGAUGAACAUUAAGGCUGUGAAUUUUAAAGGGAUGUAAAUUAAAGUCUGUGACUGACUACGCAACUUACAGCAGUACAUAAUUGGCAAACACACACACACACACACACACACACACACACACACACAGUAUUCAUAGCACAUCAUCACUGCCUUCCAGUUAGCCAGCAUUGCCAGCUCAGUAUUUGAUGAUGCAUGCCAGCAAAACAGCCUCAUCUGAGCCAUUUACACCAGUGUUCACUGCAAUAGAACCAGUCCAGGAGAGAAUCAUCUGGUUUUUAUUCCAAUGAAUCAAAGACUUUCUAUACCAAGGUCUUGCUAUUUUGCCAUGCCAUUGCAAAACUUAUAAAUGUUCCAAGAACUGAUUGCUGCCUGUGUAUAACCAUUUGGAUCACACCAGUUAGUGUGUGGCUGUUUUCAGUUCUAAUUCUUUGGCACUCUUUGAAAAUGUCCUGUAAAAACGUUUGUAUAGGAGACUGAAGAGCGCCAUGUAAAAAUGUUUAGAAAAGUAU